CGUCCAGCAGCCCCCUCACAUUAAAGAGGAAGAGGAGGAUCCACAGCCCCCCCACAUUAAAGAGGAAGAGGAGGAAGUGUGGAUCACUCAGGAGGGAGAGUGUCUUCUAGGGCAGGAGGAGGAUGAUGUCAGCAAGUUUCCACUGACUGUUGUCUCUGUGAAGACUGAAGAGCAUGAAGACAAACUACCUGAGUCCUCACAGCUUCAUCACACUCCAAUCAUCCAGCAGCAGCAUAAAAGUCAAGAAAAGCCCUGUAUUAAAGAAGAAGAGGAGGAGCCACAGCGCCCUCAUUUUAAAAAGGAAGAAGAGGAGCCACAUUCCCUUCAUUGUAGAGAGGAUGAUGGGUCACAUUCGCCCCAUGUUAAAGAAGAAGAGGAGCCACAUCCACCUCAAUUCAAAGAUGAAGAGGAGGAGCCACAUCCCCCUGACUCUAAGGUGUGGAUCACUCAGGAGGGAGAGUGUCUUCUAGGGCAGGAGGAGGAUGAUCUCACCAAGUUUCCAGUGACUGGUGUCUCUGUGAAGACUGAAGAGCUUGAAGAGAAACCACCCGAGUCCUCACAGCUUCAAGCAGACAAGCUCGUAGCUCCACAAUCAGAUGAGGACACAACGUCACGGGUUCAUGUAAAUAUGGAAUCACACACCAGAAAAAACCCUUUCAGUUGUUCAGUCCGCGUCGAAAGACUCCCGGUCAAAGAUUACAUGCCAUCGCACCUGAGAACGCACACAGGAGAAAAACAUUUCAGUUGUCCAGUGUGCGCUAGAAUCUUCCGUGUCAAAGGUAGCAUGCAGAGACACACCAGAACGCACACAGGAGAGAAACCUUUCAGUUGUUCAGUGUGUGCGAGGCGCUUGUGUGACAAGAGGAGCAUGCAAAGACACAUGAGAACGCACACAGGAGAAAAACCUUUUAGUUGUUCAUUAUGCGCUAAAAGAUUCUCUCACAAAAGUAGCUUGCAAACACACAUGAGAACUCACACGGGAGAAAAACCUUUCAGUUGUUCAGUGUGCGGCAAAAGAUUCUCUGAAAAGAGUAAAGUGCGAAAGCACAAAAGAACGCACACGGGGAAAAAGCCUUUCAGUUGUUCGGUGUGCAGUAAAAGAUUCUCUGAGAAAGGUCACCUGGAGAGACACAAGAGAACGCACACGGGAGUAAAACCGUUCUGUUGUUCAGAGUGUGGCCGACGAUUCAGUGAAAAAGAAAGAAUGCAGAGACACAUGAGAACCCACUCAGGAGAAAAACUGUUCAGCUGCGUAGUGUGUGGUAAAAGAUGCUCUGACAAAAACAGCGUUAAAAUACACAUGAGGACGCACACGGGGGAAAAACCCUUCAGUUGUUCGGUGUGUUCGAAAACAUUCUGUGACAAAAGUGUAAUGCGGAGACACGAGCGCACGCACACGGGAGAAAAGCCGUUCGGUUGUUCAGUGUGCGCCAAAAGAUUCUGUGUCAAAGGAAGCAUGCAAAGACAUGUGAGAUCGCACACGGGAGAAAAACCCUUCAGUUGUUCAGUGUGCGGUAAAAGAUACUCUGACAAAAGUGCGAUCCAAAAACACAUUAGAAAGCACACAGGAGGCAAACCUCCCAGUUCAGUGUGUGGAAGUCCUCUUUAAAUGGACCUUAUAGUCAGUAAAGGUAUAUUGCUUGGAUUUACAUCAAGUCAAGUCCGGCUCAUUAAAGGGGAACAUUAUCACCAGACCUAUGUAAGCGUCAAUAUAUACCUUGAUGUUGCAGAAAAAAAGACCAUAUAUUUUUUUAACCGAUUUCCGAACUCUAAAUGGGUGAAUUUUGGCGAAUUAAACGCCUUUCUAUUAUUCGCUCUCGGAA